AUGCCACAAGCAUGCAGAUAUUGGCUGCAAGGGAAUUGCCGCCACGGAACACCGCCUGCCAGCACAUUACCAUACUCCCUUGACAAGAACUUAAUACGCGUCGACUUGACAUCGGAGAGGCCGCAAUGGAUUCUAUCUGCGUAUGGACCGGGGAGGGCAGCUCCAGCGCAGCUAUUCGGCGGACCUAUACGUGAGCAGAGCUUCGAGGAAAUGCGACUCCUUCACUACGUGGCAGCAGCAGCAGGGAAUCCUCAGCAAGCAGUUCGAGAUGCAGAGCAAUUAUUCCAGUCUGCGGAGCAACAGAUCCAGAACGCGGUCAACAACAUCGAUGGUGCUAUAAACUUUGUCAUUGCUGCCGAGAAGGACCAUCCGAAUAGGAUAGAUAUUGUCAAGGAAAGCCUGGCUGCUAGACCUGGUUCACAGACGAAUCCUCUCAGCAAUCAGUCGACUCUUCAGCAGGCAGCCAAUGUGCCUUUUGGCGGAGCAAUCCAACAGCCAGCUGGACAGGCAUUUGGUUCCCCAUCAGCUUUCGGAAUACCACCGUCUGCACCAGCUUUCGGUGCGCCAACCAAUCUAGGUGGUAGUGGUGGGUUCGGUCAGCCCUCAGCUCUGGGUCAGAAACCGAAUGUGUUUGGAGGGACUACACAGCUUGGCUCUGGAGGAGCUUUCGGGCAACCCUCUGCUCUAGGCCAGAAAGCCAAUCCUUUUGGAGCUCCGUCUUCAAAUACCACUGCAGCCCCAUUUUCUGCUUUCGCUAGCAAUCCAAACCCCUUUGGACAGAAGCAGCCGGAGUCAACACCAUUCGGAUCAAGUCCCUUCGGAGCUCCUCAACCUCCUGUUUCCAAUCCUCUCGGGGCACCUUCUCUGCCAGUUGAAGCGAAUCCCUUUGGCCAGCCGUUCAAUCAAGGUCCAACUCCAACUGCGAACCCGUUUGGAACAGGAACCCCAGCAUUUGGUGCAUCAACUGCUGAAAAUAACGCUUUCGGAGCACCAAGUUCGACUUUUGGAGCAACAAGUUCCGCAAAGAAUCCAUUCGGUGAUCGGCCACCAUCAUCAGGGAACAUAAACCCGUUCAUGGGCCGUACCUCCAACGAACCUCAAAACCUCGCGGCUCCCAAUCCAUUUUUAAACCCAGUCUCGGGUCCACCCGUUUCCCCAAACCCUUUCAAGCAGCCACCGCCAGCUGGCCCUCCUCCAGCUACUGGAAUCAGAUCCGGUGCUCCACCACGACCAAUUUCCACCAACGCAGAGCUGGGCGCAAAGCAUCCUGACAUAGGCACCUACAGCACGAGAAACAAAGGGACGAAUAGGCUGCUCACAUUCAAGGGGCACAAAGUCAUUUACAAAGACGAUAUACCCCCAACUGAGGGGAAGCCCGCCGUAAUGGGUACCCCGGGCUUCACCGACGCCAACGGGAACUGGGAGCGGAUAUGGUUUCCUGAUGGGCCGCCAGUGUUUAACAAGGACACGGCGAUGCACGACUCGAUGUACGACGAGGCGCUCGAGGUGGCUUACAAGCACGCGAAGGCGACGGGGGCGUUCGAGGGCGGAAAAAUGCCACUGCUGCCGCCGAAGAGGGAGUGGUGUAGUUGGGAGUUCUAG